UCGCGUUGGAGGCUCAGCUAUCAUGGCAGCCGUAGGUUGACAUCGAUGCAAUUCUCCAUAUAAACUCUUCAAAAGUUAGCGGAACAGCCCCGACACAGUAACGUGCAGCACAGUAACAGUUUUCAGAUAGCACACGCUUUAAACACACACACCCGCCCCGGCUGGCAACGUGGCACUAUGCCCGCAGCUACUGUGGAUCACAGUCAAAGAAUAUGUGAGGUUUGGGCCAACAACCUGGAGGAGGAGCUGAAGAGGAUCCGACAUGUCAUUCGCAAAUACAACUACAUCGCUAUGGACACAGAGUUUCCAGGUGUCGUAGCCAGACCAAUCGGAGAGUUCAGAAGCAACGCGGACUAUCAGUACCAGCUACUGCGCUGCAAUGUGGAUUUGCUCAAGAUCAUCCAGCUGGGCCUCACGUUUAUGAACGAACAAGGGGAAUACCCUCCAGGAACAUCAACGUGGCAGUUCAAUUUUAAGUUUAACCUCACAGAGGACAUGUACGCACAGGACUCCAUUGAGCUCCUGACCACUUCAGGGAUUCAAUUCAAGAAGCACGAGGACGAAGGCAUCGAGACGCUGUACUUUGCAGAGCUGCUGAUGACGUCAGGAGUGGUGCUCUGUGAUGGGGUGAAGUGGCUGUCUUUUCACAGCGGCUAUGACUUUGGAUACCUGAUCAAGAUUUUGUCCAACGCUAACCUGCCCGAGGAGGAGGUGGACUUUUUUGAGAUUCUUCGCUUGUACUUUCCCAUCAUCUAUGACGUGAAGUACCUGAUGAAGAGCUGUAAAAACCUCAAGGGCGGCCUGCAGGAAGUAGCUGAACAGCUGGAGCUGGAGAGGAUUGGACCACAGCAUCAGGCCGGCUCUGACUCUUUACUCACAGGCAUGGCUUUCUUCAAGAUGAGGGAGAUGUUCUUUGAAGACCAUAUCGAUGAUGCAAAGUACUGUGGUCACUUGUACGGUCUGGGCUCGGGCUCCGCCUACGUCCAGAACGGAACAGGAAAUGCUUACGAAGAGGAAGCAAACAAACAGCAGUCAUGACGUCUCUGAAAAGUCUCCCACCCUACAGUUCACCUCCACAAUCACACAGCUGGAUGACAAUUGCAUUGGACGAACAAGAAGCAUAUCCACAUCUUUCAGUAACCUGUUUCUCAUUGGCUCUGCUCACCUUAGACAACGGAGUAUGAUGGUCAAAAAAAAAAAAUGUCACAACUGCCCUCACACAUGUCACUGCUGCAUGUGUGUGAGUUCAGUGUUUUUGGUUCAGUUACAUCUGACAUGCUUGAAAAGUUGGGAUUUUAGUUUUCCUCAAGUGUUCUGUAGAAAUGUUUUGCACUUUAAAGCUCUAACCUGAUUUUAUAAGGAAAGCUGAAAUGUUCCUGGUGUGUCUCUCUCCUCUUUGUUGCCUUCGCCAUGUUCCCGUUUUACAUUUCGCAAUCAUUGAACUCUUUAUUAUCACAACAACUGCUUCCACCAUGCUCGGCCUUAACAUUAGCUGCAUUCUUAUAUUUUAAACUUUUAUUUAUUGUGCUAAUUAGCCGACAACAUAGAGUCGCCCCGUUCAACACUACAGCAGUAAAGGUCUUUGUGCUCACUGGGGUUCUCCUCGGAGUGUUUACGUGCACAUGAAAGCCCAAUUGUUUUUCAUUUGUUCAUAGAAGUAUGUUUAUAUUGUCCUUGAAUAAGCUCUAUUCCAACUGUGUGGAGCCUCUAAAGCUGGUGUAUUGUGGAUGGGAUGCUGAAGCAAAAGAACACUGUGUCCUCUGUAUUAGUUGCUGUUUUUGUUUGUUUGUUUGUAUUCAUAUUAAUGUUUCGAAUAGUUGCAUACAAGGAUAUUUAUAGUAUGUACCGAGGUGCAUACAACUGGUUUUCAUUGUGAGAAAGUGUUGUAUGUGUAUGUAAACGCUCUCAUUGACACAAGCACAUACAAGAACAGGAAAUCAUCUCUCAACAUGGUCAUCGACUACAAAAAAAAAGAAAAAGAAUGAAACCCUGACCUGCUUCAGGACAUGCAGACAAGAGGCUUCCUUAAACUACUCUGUUGAGUGUCAUUUUUCAUUUUUAAUUGAAUUUAAGCAUUUGUAGAGUUUUAGUGUUGUGAUAAAAUUAGAGAAACAUAACUUUUACUCAUUGGUGGGAAAAAUAACGUUGCUUUUUAACAUUUCCUCUCCAGUGCAGUUGAUUUCACAUGUAGUUCUGGCCUUUGACCUUUGUGCUGUUUUUGUUUUCCUUAUUGCCUUCCAUAGUCAUGCUGCUUAGAUCAGUCGCAUGUACUAAGAUGUUUGAAUAAAUGCUGUUUAAUAGUAUCCUUGAACUUCCAUAGGUUUGUGUUGAAGUGUAGGUCCAUGACUCCUCCCCCUUUCAACGCUAAAACAUGUUUCAUUUCACAUCUUACACUGCAAAAUGAGAAAGACAAGUAUGCAAUAUAAAAGAGAAUUGUUUUUAGAUUAUUUUGUUAAUAAAGGCUUGAAACUUUUCUACCGUCAAA